CUACCAACUCCCGUUUUCAUCCAUAUGCCCACUGAACUAUCAAAUCGGGUUCCGCACGUGGGGACUGUAGGUGGGUUGUUACGUCUCCCUUGUGCGACUCCUCCACCUGGCUGCGCGGCGAAACCCUUCACCCGUCUUGUCAAGGGUAGUAUUGAGGUGAGGGCGGAGGAUUGAGCUCGUCGCAAUGGAUACCACAAUGCUGAAGAAGACGACGAUGUUGGCGAUGACGGUCCUGGGAACGUUGCAUUCGAAGUUGGCGUUGGGAGGUGAAGGGCCCGUGGAGUUUGGGUCGCUGUGGUGGUAUAUUUAUGGUGGCUUAUCGAUGUUCCUCGUAUGCUUCGCGGGCAUUAUGUCUGGUUUAACUCUGGGCCUCAUGUCUCUUGGACUCAUGGACUUGGAGGUGCUACAAAGAAGCGGCACUCCUGUUGAGAAAAAACAAGCAGCCGCCAUAGCACCAGUUGUUACAAAGCAACAUCAACUCUUGGUCACACUACUUCUUUGCAACGCCAUAUCGAUGGAGGCUCUUCCGAUAUUUCUCGACAAGAUGUUCAACGAAUAUGUGGCUGUGAUACUUUCGGUUACAUUUGUACUUGGAUUUGGCGAGAUUAUUCCUCAAGCCAUAUGCUCCCGAUAUGGGCUAGCCGUGGGUGCCAACAUGAUCUGGUUGGUGAAUAUAUUAAUGAUCAUUUGCUGGCCGAUCGCGUAUCCUAUUGGACGGUUGUUGGACUAUCUACUUGGGCAUGAUGAUUCUGCCUUGUUCAGGCGUGCACAGCUGAAGGCACUUGUUUCAAUUCACGGAAAAGAGGCUGGAGGGUACCUAACCCUUGACGAGACAACAAUUAUCGCUGGAGCUUUAGAUUUGACCGAGAAGACUGCACUAGAGGCAAUGACCCCAAUUGAGUCAACGUUUACAUUGGACAUGAAUACAGUCUUAGACCGGGAGAAUUUGGGGAGAAUUAUGGCACGAGGACACAGUCGUGUACCUGUUUACUCUGGUGGUCCUCAGAAUAUAGUUGGUUUGUUGCUGGUGAAAAACCUGCUGACCGUUCGUACUGAAGAUAACACUCUUGUUAAUGAUGUCCCCAUUCGAAGAAUCCCCAAGGUGCCAGAGGACAUGCCACUCUACGAUAUAUUAAAUGAGUUUCAGAAAGGUGGUAGCCAUAUGGCUGCUGUAGUGGCCGUUAAGAGUGGGAGAAGAAAAUACACGAAGCGGUCUAGCGUUGGCCAGCAAAGAGAGGGCAGGAAGGGUGUCAAGGAAUAUCAGUCUCCUGAAGCUGACGUUGAGAAAGGUGGCGGAAGCGCUUAUGCUCACUCUAGUGGUGGUGGAGGAGAACCAAGCGCACCCGCAUCCGAGUACGACUAUAAUGGCGAAAAGCUAAAUCAACACAACCAUGAUGUAGCAGAAGGCGAUGUUAUUGGCAUCAUCACCAUGGAGGACGUAAUUGAAGAACUUCUACAGGAGGAGAUUGUGGACGAGACAGAUGAGUACAUUGACGUCCACAAGCGGAUUCGAGUUGUUACUGCAGCAGCACAUAUGAGUAAAAGUACCUCAAUGGGUCGCCGGGCGUCUGUGCCUAAUAUUCACAUGGGGCUCUCGAAGAAAGCACAGGAGGCAGUGCAGAAAGGAAGAAUAGAUGCCAUAUCACACCUGCAUGCGGAUAAACAUCAUCAGGGCAAGAAGUCGGGAGACAAGGAUCUGUCUGAACGAUUACUCGGAACUAGCUUUGAGUAGAUUUCGAAUAAACUACCACCACUUGAUCAGUACAACCUCAGUAGAGUUUUUUUUAGUUAUAAUUAUUAACUUAAGUUGCCGUUCGAUAUCUCUUGUGUUCUUAUCAUUUGAAGGUGUACUUUAAUCUGCUUUUAAAAGAGCAUUUGAUUGAAAUAAUGAAAAAUUUGGAUUUGGAACACAUUUCUACUUCA